AUGAAAGUGAUCAGUGUUUGCCUAGUGGCAGUACUGCUGCUGCUUCUCCUGGGUCUGCUGCAGGAGAUCUCGGCCCGUGCGACCGCGGGUGGUGUCGUGAGCGGCGACAGUCUCCUAACUGAUCGUGCCAGAACAUCAUCAACCCUUUCCACAAGCAGUGAUAACAGUGUUGUGGUGCCGAAUACCCGAGCCAAGUAUCCACUCUUUGGAGUUAACAGUAUCGACGUGGAAGAGUCCAAGGAGGAACAGCAACAACAACAGCUGAUGGAUGCCGAGAGAAGAGCCAUCAGGAAUCAGGAGGCUGAGGAGGAGGAGGAGGAGGUGGGAGAUGAGGAGGAGGAGGACGACGAAGACGAGGAGGAGGAUGAGGAAGACGAUGAUGUCGGAGACCGAGAUUACGAGUGGUCUGAGGCCGAUCUGGAAAUGAUCAAACAGAAAAUCCUCGACGGUCUGGGGAUGACAACCGUACCUGAGAAGUCCAAGGAGGAGGAGGAGGAGGAGGAGGAGGAGGAGGAGGGAGGAGGAGGAGGAGGGAGGCGGGAGGAGGAGGAGGAGGAGGAGGAGGAAGGAAGUAAGGAAGGAGGAGGAAGAAGAAGUAGUUCCCACUGCAAGUUCAAGGCGCUGCAGGAAGUGGGGAUUAACUAA